AAGGCGGGAAAAGCCGGCGGCGGCGGCGGCGAUGGCGGAGGCCCGGCGGGUGCUGGUGUCCGUCAUCCGCACGACGCCCAUCAAGCCCCGGCCGGGCGCCGCCCGGGACCCCGACCCGCUGCCGCCCACCAGCCCGGGCUUCAGCGACUUCAUGGUCUACCCCUGGCGCUGGGGCGAGAACGCGCACAACGUGACGCUCAGCCCCGGGGGCGCGCCCGGGCCCGCCGCGCCCCUCCCCCGCCCCGCCGCCCUGCCCGAAGGGCGCCCCCCGGCGGCGGGGGGCGACGACGACGACGACGACGACGACGAGGAGGCGGGGAGCCCCGACGGCGGCCACUUGAAGGACGGCAGCCGGCGGGGUCGGCCCCGGGCGGACACGGUCCGCGACCUGAUCCACGAGGGGGAACUGUCCUCCAGCCGCAUCCGCUGCCCCGUCUGCCAUCGCGUCUUCCCCCGCGAGAAGUCCCUGCAGGCCCACAAGAGGACGCACACCGGGGAGCGUCCCUACCUGUGCGACUACCCGGACUGCGGGAAGGCCUUCGUGCAGAGCGGUCAGCUCAAGACCCACCAGCGCCUCCACACCGGCGAGAAGCCCUUCGUCUGCUCCGAGAACGGCUGCCCGAGCCGCUUCACGCACGCCAACCGGCACUGCGCCAAGCACCCGUACGCCCGCCUCAAGAGGGGCCAGCAGCCCCCCGGGCCCCCCGCCCUCGGGCCCCGCGCCGGACACCACAACAAGGCCGUCGCAGACUGGCUCAACAGGUACUGGGAGAGCCGGGAGCACCAACCUCCGGCCCCGAAGAGCCGCCCGGGCCCCCGGCCCGACCAGGAGCAGCAGGACCCUCGCCUGCCCCGACCCCCGGCCCUCCAUCGCCGCCGCCGCCGCCGCCGUCACGACCGCCGGGACGAGGGGCGUGAGGGAGAGGAGGAGGAGGAGGACGACGACGACGACGGGGAGGAGGAGGAGGAGGAGGGGGAGGGGGAGGAGCCGGAGAGGGCCGGGGGCACCCCCAAGGGGUCGGCGGGGUCGGCGGCCCGCCGCUGCCUCCAGGAGCAGCGGGAUCGUCUCCACGGGGCCCUGGCCCUCAUCGAACUGGCCAACCUGAGCGGGGACUCCCUCAGGGCCUAGGCCCGACCCCCGGCCCCCCGGC